GAGACCAUUCUAAAAUAAGUGAAAGUAUUAGGGAGAUCAGCCCUCAGUUUUUCCAUAUAAGUCAGUAAGCUCUUGCCCUGUCAUAAGGUGAAUAUCACGUGGCGAUAUAGACUUGGCCGGGCUGAGAGAUUAUGGGCAGAGCGACGUGGUUCGAUGCCGACGGGACGAAGAGAGGAGGAUGGACGGACGAGGAAGACCAAAAACUCGUCGCUUAUAUCAACGAAUACGGCAUCGGCGACUGGCGUUUUCUCCCUCGCAAAGCUGGUUUGCAGAGAUGUGGAAAGAGCUGCAGAUUGAGAUGGCUUAACUAUCUAAGGCCUGGGGUCAAGAAAGGCAAAUUCACUCCUGAAGAAGAAGAAGCUAUUAUCAAUUUCCAGUCUAUUCUCGGGAACAGAUGGGCUGCCAUAGCACAGCAGAUGCCGGGUCGAUCAGACAACGACAUCAAAAACCAUUGGAACUCUUGUCUCAAGAAAAGGCUCGAGAGAAACGGAAUCGACCAAAUGACACACCAACCAAUCAUUAACCUCGCCGUCAAAAUACCGUCGUUCAACAUAGAUUGCGGCAACUCUUCCUCCUCGACGGUGAGUCCAUCUCCGUCUUUCUCCUCCUCCGGCUCAGCCAGUCUCCUUAACAGGCUUGCCACGGGUAUCUCAUCUAGAGAACACGGUGUCGACAGGAUCAAGAACAUCUUGUCGGAUCCGAGAACGCCAAUCAUUACUAGUCAAGAAGAAGAGUUUGAAGAGUCGAACAAGGAUCAUGGGAAGGCUUUAGCAGGUGAUGAUCAGGAAGAUGAUUUUCUGAUGUGGGACGAGGAAAAUAUGAGGCGUUUUAUGGAUGAGAUUGGUCAAAUGGACUUUGAAACUAACGGAGUAUAUAACUCUAGUUCGUCAUCACCGUAUAGUGUCUAUGAGACUGGCCUACUUGAUGACUGACCUACUUGAUGAUCAUCUCAUUUGCUUAAUAAAUGGUUUAAUAUGAGAGAUGAUCGUUUAUGUAUUUACUUAGUACAUUUUAUUCUUUUGCACGUUGCGACAAAGAAUAAUGCUCAUCUACCGA